ACCGGCCAAGUCGGGCCACCACUCACCUGUCCUCUACCCGAUGGUGCCGGUUACCAAGUAAUCCUUCGUGGCAGCUCCACCAACAAUCUUCUCAGUCCUCCUGUACUGUGCUCAUCGAAGACGAAUGACUGCGACACCGGCUACGAGUGCAUCCAAGGAUUAUCGGCUAUUGGCGGCCUCGACGGAGCUUGUUGUCCAGAUCAAAUAACCACCUGCCACCAUCCGAUUUUUGAUCACGAAUCCGGUACACUAGAACGAUGGGGUUUCGACGGAAAUGAGUGCAUACGGUUCAAAUGGGAUCCAGAAAAACCUUCUUCCGCUAACAAUUUCAAAACUAAAAUACAGUGUGAAAGCUAUUGUGUAAAUAUUUAUGCCUGA